AUGAGAGCAGAAGUUAAAGAAGUGAUUGAAAUUCUUGGUGGAUCUGUUGGAUAUACAAAAAGAGAAACACCUGAUAAUAUUCGAGAUAACAACCAAGGAAUAGCAACUAUUGACUGGCCGGCGAAUUCGCCAGACCUGAACCCGAUAGAGAACAUUUGGAAGUUGUUAAAUGAUAAUAUCCAAAAGCAUGAAGACUUUCCGAGAACUGUGAACGAACUUAAAAUUGCAUUGAGAGAGGAGUGUGAAAAUUUGGAUCGCUCUGUUUUCGAGGAGGUUGUUACCUCAAUACCAAAAAGAAUCGAUGCGGUAUUAAGAGCAAAUGGUGGGCCGACAAAGUAUUAG